GUUUAUCCAAAAUGGACACCACUAGUUUUUCCUCAGGGUGUUUCUAACCAUUGUUUAUAUAUAUAUAUAUAUAUAUAUAUGACAGUUCUUUCAAGGACUACGUGGAGUCUACAAUGAAUGAACUCCUCAGUUGGUAUGGUUACGAUAAGCUGGACACCGAGGAAUCUCAAGCUUUAAACGUCCAACGUUUCAGCUCACUCGCGCGCACUCCACCGUUGCGAUUAUCACCCGCUCUUGACGAACCAGGUUCUGAGAAUUCAAACCCGAAAACGUUCUCUAGAAGUAGAAACAGAUCCUCCGCACCCAGGACCACCCCGGCCGCCGGUGGAGACAAUAAUGACGCACAUGUGACGUCAUCACCAAGUUCUGGCCCAGAAGGUCGGUCAACGUCGAGCUACGCCAUCUGUGCUUGGUGCCAGAAAGUUGGAAUGAAGCUGUUAACGUUGAGAAGCAGCACGGGAACUAAGGCCUUUUGUAGCGAAGUGUGCUUUACCCAGUGUCGAAGAGCCUCGUUCAAGAAAAAGAAGACGUGUGAUUGGUGUAAACACAUCAGACACGCGAUGAAUUACGUCAACUUAGAAAAUGGUGAGAACGCUUUACGUUUCUGUAGCGACAAAUGUCUCAACCAAUACAAAAUGAACAUUUUUUGUAAAGAGACCCAAAAACAUCUUCAGGUGCACCCUCGUUUCCAGGAAACAUUUCGCAAGAUAAAUCGCAACGCUACUGAAAAUAUUAUUACUCCAGAGUUGUGGCUUCGAGACUGCAAAGACGAAAGUUGUAGGGAAAUUCGACGAGAUUCUUUGACGUCAUCAGCAGAGAAAACUGGAAAAGUUCCUUUUACUUUAGACGAUAGGAUCCCAUCACUGGCUACUAAUCGGACUACAGCCAGUUUUCCAGGAAAGUCUAAUAAAAAGGAUUUCAAAAGACGACAUAACGUCACUUGUGUCACUAACAGAUGCUUAUCCACUAAAGAUUUCUUUCAACAUCAACCUAAAAGUCCUCGCUCGAAGUCGACCAGAAAUCAGAUCAUUUCUCAUUGGCCAACUAAUCCCAACUCUCGCUUUUCUACAGCACUUCGAGAACCCAAAGUUUUAUUUCCUGCGCCCCCCAUUGCGAUUCCAGAUACAAAUAAAAUUCGAACGUCUGUACUACCAUUUUUCAACAUGCGUUCACCAUAUUUAGGCCAACAAUAUGUUGAUAGUCUUUUUCAUUUACAAAAAGAUUUAGGCAAACAGAAUCCCUUGGGUUCAUCUCCAUCUAGUCUCCCCUCGGUGCUUUCUGAAUUUCCUUCCAACGCUUGUUCGAUAAAUACGCUUAAUAUUUCUCGGCCAAUGUCUGUAGACACGAAACCGCAUUCUUCAGUACUUUCACAUUGUUUAACCAAUUCAUUUGACGCAUUUUCAUCUACGCUUCCGGUAACCGUAGUUGUUCCAUUUCCAAUUCCACUCCCAAUACCAAUACCAGUGCCAGUUUUCCUUCCUACAUCUCGCAGUUUUCUGGAUAAAAAUUUCAAAACAAGCCCUGACAACUUUUACAUGACACGUGAGACAGAAAAAGGGUUAAAAACGAAUAUUGGAGACAAAAAUCUUAACUUGAAAACUGACCAAACACUCUCUCUUCUGCCACCAUCUGUUUUAGGUCCAAAUGAGUCUUUAUCUUCUAAUUUUUUUGAAAGCAACUUAUUCAGCAAUACUAAAGAAGACUCGGUUAUUUCCCAACCGUAUUGCAAUGAGUCUUUUGAACACUACAAAGUUUUGGCUGAUAGCAAUAAACUUUUGAAAACUGAAAAAAACAGUGAGAGUGGUAAUACUGAUGAAUUCUUUGCCACACGACUCGAACAAGGAGUAAACAGUGAAUAUGGCUGUGGUCUUAAUUGUUGUAAGCCUCUCGUUGUACCAGACAGUCAUGAUGGAAAACAACGACCGUCGCCUGAGUCCCAAAGUGUUGAAAUACAAUCCAAACGUAAAUGCUUUUGAAAUAAGACUGCUUCCUUCUGAACAAGACAAUUAGUUAUGGAUGACGUAAAUUUUUUCGUUCUUUGAUCCUAUAUAUCUUU